ACAUGGCGUCCGGAGUGGGCGCGGCCUUCGAGGAGCUGCCUCCCGACGGCACGUGUGACGAGUGCGAGCCCGACGAGGCUCCGGGCGCCGAGGAGGUGUGCGGGGAGUGCGGCUUCUGCUUCUGCCGCCGCCACGCCGACGCGCACCGCCGCCGGUUCCUCAGUCACCACCUGGCCGGCUAUGUCCACGGCGGCGCGCGAGCCGGGACGCCGCCGGCGGCGGAGGCGGAGGCGGCGGCGGCGGCCCGGGAGGACGAGGACGUCGCCCGGGCCCGGCGGGAAGCACACGGGCACGUAGAAGGCCAGGAGGCCCGAGAGAGCGGGUCCGAGGACGACAGUGAGUCGGAGGAAGAAGAGAGCAGCGAGACCGAGGAAGAGGACAGUGAGGACGACAGCGAGGAAGAGAGCGAAGGAGACAGCGAGGAAGACAUGGAGGACGGGCAAGAGAGCGAGGACGAGGAGGAGGAGGAGGAAGACAACCCGGAAGGAGAAUCCGAGGCGGAAGGGGAAACUGAGGCAGAAAGCGAAUUUGACCCAGAAAUUGAAAUGGAAGCGGAGAGAGUGGCCAAGAGGAAGUGUCCGGACCAUGGGCUGGAUUUGAGCACCUAUUGCCAGGAAGACAGGCGGCUCAUCUGUGUCCUGUGUCCAGUCAUUGGGGCUCACCGGGGUCACCAGCUCUCCACCCUAGACGAGGCCUUCGAGGAACUAAGAAGCAAGGACUCUGGCGGAUUGAAGGCAGCUAUGAUAGAGUUGGUGGAAAGGUUGAAGUUCAAGAGCUCAGACCCUAAAGUUACUCGGGACCAGAUGAAGGUAUUCAUACAACAAGAAUUCAAGAAAGUUCAGAGAGUGAUUGCUGAUGAGGAACAGAAGGCCCUUCAUCUAGUGGACAUCCAGGAAGCAAUGGCCACGGCUCAUGUAACUGAGAUACUGGCAGACAUCCAGUCCCACAUGGAUAGGUUGAUGACUCAGAUGGCCCAGGCCAAGGAACAACUUGAUACCUCUAAUGAAUCAGCUGAGCCAAAGGCAGAGGGUGACGAGGAAGGACCCAGUGGAGCCAGUGAAGAAGAAGACACCUGAAGGCAUACCUGUUCCCGUGGAAAAUCACCCCUUUCCCGUGUGUGUGACGGCGUGUAUGUUCGGCUUCGAUGUCUGUGAAAGCUGCCCAGUAACAAACGUCCUUCCAUUGGAUGUGUCCCCAGAACCACAGCAGGCACACAUCUCUCCAAGGCACAGCCAGUUUAUGCUUAUGACUGUGUGCUUCUUGUUCUCCUGUUGUGGUCGGUCAAGGAAAGAGCCCCUGUGAUCCAUCUAGAGGGUUCUUCAGGUAACCCCUCAAUGGCUGCUUUGAACUUACUCAGGAAAGCCAACCCCUUUAAUAUUGUGGAAGUCAGCAGUAUCCCUUCAUUAAGGAAGAACGUGGACCAAUCUUAAAAGGAAGUCAGAGUUUUUUGUCUACCUGCAAACAUAAAACCUACUUUGUUCACACUGAAUCAUAAAACAUAUGAGGGCAGACAGGGAUGCAUUGACUCAUGUGGACAGUCACUUGUAGUCCAGUUCCACCUUUGUGAAAAUGAAUUUGAAGGGUUGACUUGAAAAUGGGUUUGGAAAAAAAGUUUAAAACUAAUAUAUAUAUUUUUAGUAUGUGGGGUUAUUCAGGACUUCAGAUUCAUAAUUCAUUGCUAUGGAAAUGAAAAAUAUGAUUGAAGAGGUAGGAAGCAAAUGACCAUAAGGGAGAAAAAGAGAGAGAAAAGCACAGAAAUCUGAUUAAAAGUUGAAAUCAGUAUUUCUGAAUUCAGAUUGCCUGAGUAAAAUCAUCACUAAAGCAUCAACUAAAAGCUGAGUUACUUGGGUGAGUUCUAUGGGGUUUAUGGGCUCAUCACAGCAUGAAAGCCUAGACACGUUUUGCCAAAAGUGGGAAUUUUCCAGUUUCACCCCCAGUUCAGCCUGGUGUGGCUUAAGUACACUGCAGGGGGUGUUCUUGUCAUUCUGCGGCUUGCUGAAUUCAGGUCUGUCUUCCAGCAAACCUUCUCUUUGGCACCUCCCUCUCCUCAGCAAACCUUCCGAUCGCCACCUGCAGUCCAGCUCCCCUCAUAAGCCUCGUGAGCAGAAGCAGACCAGGGCUGGGCUUCCUUGCCUUCUCCCAAACCACAGUCCAUGCAACCAAACUUGCCACCUCCAUGAAGCAGUGAUGUACUUGAGGAAUAUAAAACUGCAAGGUUGCAAGUACACAUCUUCUUGAAAUGUUGUCUUUCUUAACAAACGGUUUACUUCUUUAUGAAACGGUUAUAGAAUAAAAUGGUCAUAAACUUUUGGAUAAAGUAGGAGACUUGGAAGGUAACUCUUCUUUGCAGUGGGCAGCAUGUUCCUCCUCUUCUGCCUUUACGGUAUUUUCGGCUUCACUUUCAAGGAAUUCUGUUGAACCAUAUCCAGGAAGCCUUGGGGUUGCUGCUAACCAAGGAUCUAGACUUCCAGCUUCUGAGGCAGAACAAGGAGUCUGCUUUGGGGACAGUCCCUCUCUCCCUGCCUGCCUGCCUGUGACCUGUAUACCUAUCACAAAGCUCUGGGGUCAGCUGAUGUGCACGUGCAAGGUAGUUCUGAGGCAGAAACAACAUGUGCUUUCUGUAGGAGUCCUAUUUAUAUCAUUGUUCAACCCUGUGCAUGCUCUGAAGUGAUUUAUUCCUUUGAGGCCAGGACACUCUGAGGCAAAUAUGCAUUUAGGUUAGGAUGUCCCUAGCUCACCACAGUGCAAGGAUGUUGGGGCAGAGCAGAGUGAGCUGAUGAAGAGUGUUUUCUUCUGAAGCUGAAGCUGGUGACCAGGUGAUGGCCGAGACAGUUCUGGUGCUUUUCCUGUCUGUCUGCAAAGACUGGAGAACUUAUCAGACCACUGACCACAACCGCCAACCAUAUCCUACAAAACUAUCCUCAAAAGAGGACCAACAACCACACUGAAAGAAUUUAGAAUGCAAGAAGAAGAUUGAGAAGACUAUACUUUGGAAGGUCCAUGUUGUCUUUCCCUGGUAAUCCUUGUUUGAUCACCAGAUGAUAACCUUGUAUCAGCAAUGGACAGAUCAGUGGCUCUCCAUACCCGAUCAUGUUAUUACUGUAAAUCAGUGUUUGGAAAAUACAAGUAUUUAUGCAUUUGAAUAUAUACAGAAAUAUGAAAGUAUGUGCCAACCUGUCUCAAUAAAUUAUUCUAUGUCUGUAA